AUGACGACCUUGUCACUCCUCUCGAUCUGGUUGACGCUUGCUGUCACGCUAUGGGGCUCAAAUGUGUUGGCAUUGUCGGACUACCAUGAACAGCUAUUCCUCCAACCACUUCCUCAGUCCUCCCUUCUAGCCUCGUUCAAUUUCCGGGGUAAUACUUCACAGCAAUCAUUCGACAAUCAGCAUUUCCGAUACUUCCCCCGAGCAUUGGGACAAAUCAUACAACAUGCACAUACAAAAGAGCUUCAUCUUCGCUUUAGCACUGGGCGAUGGGACGCUGAAAGCUGGGGUCCUAGGCCAUGGAAUGGCAGCAAAGAAGGAGGUACUGGUGUUGAACUUUGGGCAUGGAUCGAUGCUGCAGACGAUGAAGAGGCGUUCGCGAGAUGGAUUACACUGACACAGUCUCUAUCGGGUCUUUUCUGCGCCUCCUUGAACUUUGUCGAUUCCACCCGAACCACACGACCAGUUGUGUCUUUUGAGCCUACUGGCGAUCAUCCAAGCGCCGACAGUCUUCAUCUUCUUCACGGCAUCCUUCCCGGAGAGGUAGUAUGCACGGAGAAUUUGACACCAUUCUUGAAGCUCCUUCCGUGCAAGGGCAAGGCUGGAAUCUCUAGUCUCUUCGAUGGCCACAAACUCUUCGACGCCGCAUGGCAGAGUAUGUCUGUGGAUAUGCGGCCUAUCUGCCCUUCUGGUGGCGAGUGUCUCGUCCAAAUUGAGCAGACCGUGGAUAUGGUUUUGGACAUUGAACGGUCUAAACGACCUCGAGCCAACCCCAUUCCCAGACCCGUUCCUAAUGAACAGCUUAUCUGCGACACCUCCAAGCAGUAUAAUUCAGAAGAUACUUGCUACCCUCUGGAAAAGGGAACCGAAACGAGUUGGAGCCUCACAGAGGUAUUCGGGCGCUCCUUACAAGGCGUGUGCCCUCUUGCUGAGACUUACAGCGAGCCAUCUGUUUGUCUUCGGGUUCCUCAUGAGCGAAGUGUGUUUACUUCCGAAGGCGCCUUGGAAAUUAAGCAGGACGAUGGUUACGCACGCUGCUUUAACCUGGACCGCGAGCAACCAUUUGACCUUGCCGUUCACGAGCAGCAAAUCAACACAAAAGUCCCUCUUGGGGAGCCAGUUCUCCAUGCUGAGCGAACCAUCGUUGGCCACGGUCAAGAGCGUGGUGGCAUGCGCAUCAUCUUCGGCAACCCAUCCGAAACGACAGCCGUUGAUUUCAUCUACUUUGAAUCACUUCCGUGGUUCCUUCGGCCAUAUAUCCAUACACUACAGGCUACAAUUACCGGCCGCGAUGGUGUACGCCAAGAGAUCCCUGCCUCCGACCUCGUUACCGAGACCUUCUUCCGACCCGCCAUUGAUCGGGAACGCGGAUCACAGCUGGAAUUGGCCUUAUCAGUACCUGCCGCUUCAACAGUGACCUUAACCUAUGACUUUGAAAAGGCCAUUUUACGGUAUACUGAGUAUCCACCAGAUGCCAAUCGUGGAUUCAACGUCGCGCCUGCGGUCAUCCGCAUUUUGAACUCGCCAGAUAGUGGUCCGGUCUAUAUUCGUUCCACAAGCCUCUUGCUUCCCCUGCCUACUCCUGAUUUCAGUAUGCCAUACAACGUGAUUAUCCUGACGAGUACAGUCAUUGCGCUUGGGUUCGGCACAGUGUUCAAUUUGCUGGUACGGCGCAUUGUGUCCUUGGACGAAGCUGCUGCUCUUUGGGGCCCAUACGCUCAAAGGUCGCAUCUUGAGCAAAAUAGUGAUGCUACGAGACCUUGUCCGGCCGAAAGCAACAAAGAUUGA